UUCCCCAAACGCCCAAACCCUACCUGACCGGGCCCCCAGAGGGCCCAAACCCUGAGCCUCCCCGUCGCGUGGGCGGCAGCCAACCCUGCGUCUCGAUCCCCACCCCACCGCCCAGCCGCGUCGAGCGAGCGUGCCGGUGUCGGAGCGAAGCUGCGAGUGGUAACGGCCCGCGAGGAUCGUCUGGCAAAGUAUUGCCACCGAAUCGUCCGUCGGUAUUCGCCGGCCAUGAAGAAGAAGGAGGCUGCGGGAGAACGGAGUAAAUCCAGUGGAAUCACGCGGAAGCGGGCACGGAGUGGGGACGUGACCGCCGCCGAUCUCAUCAGCCGCCAACCGGACGCCAUCCUCUGCACUAUCAUCUCUUUACUCCCCACCAAGGACGGCGGCCGCACGCCGGCCCUCUCCCGCCGAUGGCGCCACCUCUGGCGCUCCGCACCUCUCAACCUCGAGGUCAUCACGUCCCUCCCGGUCUUCCUUCGCCACGCCGUCCCGCCCUCCGCCGUGUCCAAGAUAAUCUCCCUACACCCUGGCCCCGCCCGCCGAUUCUCCUUCCUCUUCCUCCGGGCCGGCGAUCUCUACGCUCAGGUGGAGAGCUGGUUCGACUCCCGAGCCCUCUGCAACCUCGAGGAGCUCGAUAUCGGCUAUGAGUACCUCUCUGCACGUAAGACCAGCUACCCGCUGCCGCAAUCCGUGCUCCGCUCCUCCUCAUCCACCCUACUCGUUGCCAAGAUCAGCUAUUGUGAUUUCCCUAAGAUAAUCGCACCGUCCAUGAAUUUUCCCCUCCUCAAGGAGCUCUCCUUGAGGUACGUUUCCAUCAGGGGGGAUGUAUUCCAUGGCUUGCUCUCCGGCUGCCAUGCCUUGGAGAGCUUAUACAUGCUCCAAGUUCAGGCUGCUGGUUGCCUCCGUGUUAGUUCGCCAACUAUUAGGAGCAUUGGCUUCCGUGAUAACUCUGGUGAAAAAGCAGAGCUGGUCAUCGAGGAUGCUCCUCGCCUUGAAAGGUUAUUGUUACCAUAUUGUCACCGGGAUGAUUGUGUGACUAUCCAGGUUAUUAGCGCACCUAAACUGGUGAUAUUGGGGCCAUUAUCACCAGACUUCUGCAAACUCCUGGACUUGCAGGAAAUGAACCCAGUCAGCUUGGCAAACUCGAUAUGCACCGUGAAGGUUUUGGCCCUUGGGUGUUCUAAUCAUCAAUUGAAUGCAGUUCUUGACAUCCUCAGGAUGUUCCCCUGUUUGGAAAAGCUCUAUGUCACUUCUCACUCACACGGUAGCAUGCUUGAGCAAAAUGAGGAUCAGUAUGACCCACCAUAUCCAGUGGAGUGCCUUGAGACCCACCUAAAGGAAGUGGUGUUCAAGUUAUUCAUAGGCUAUGAGCAACAAGUUAACUUUGCCAGGUUCUUUGUUUUGAAUGCAAAAGUGCUAAACAAAAUUGAAUUUCAAGGAUGUGGGGACUACAACAAUGAAAUGGUGGCUCGUCAACACAGGCUGCUCCAAGUCGAAAACAGAGCUUCUCGAGAUGCUCAUUUUGAAUUCAGAAAUAUUUAUUUUUGUAUUGAUGAACAUGUCGAGAAGCAUGUCCAUAAUUUGUCACUGGCCGACCCCUUCUCAGACAGCCAUAGAUAGGGUUGAUGCCCGAAGAUUGCACUGCCUUCUGCAUAAGCAUGUUCAAUUUCUAGUCUGAAGUUCCUCUGUAGUUCCGGUACAUAAGUUACCCUGUUAAAACUGCAAAAGAUGCUUUUGGAUUCAAAUAACAGUACACUGUAGAGAAAUUCCAAAGGGGAGGGAUGAAACAAAAGUAUUGCCAUUAACUGGCCUGUAUUGGAAGCUUAA